AAAAAGAGCCACUUGAGGGGAAAAAAAGAUAUAAAUAUCAUUUAUAUAAUAAGAUUAUGGGAAGGAAAAAGGGUACCACAAAAGAAGUAUUUGAGAGGGAUUUAAGGAAUGAUAUUAAUUAACAGUAUUAAUGAUGGAUUUUUUAAAAAUGACAGCAAAUUUUAAGGUAAAUUUAUUUUAAAAAGACACGAAAUCUUAGUUAGAGAAUAUAAUAAAAAGGAAUUGGGAAAUGUUUUAGUAUAUAUUGGGGGGAUAAGAAUAAAAUAAAACAAGAUAGCAAGUGUAUUUUAGAAAUGGAUAAAGUAUAAUCACAUAUUACCCACUCAUAAUAUAUAAAUAUGUUCUUUCAUUUACUUUAUUUUAUAUUUAUAUAUUUCAAUUUUAAAUAUGUACAAAUAAAUAUAUAAUGUUGAGUCUUAUAUAAUAUAAUUCACGUGUAAAUUGUCACGUAGAAUGCAAUUGUUAUAUUCUUAAUUUGGAAUAACAAUUAAUGAAUUGAAUGAUAUUUACAUAUUUUGUUCUCUAAUAAAUAAGUUUCCAUUGAUAGAAAAGAUAAGAUAUGAGUAGAGUAAACAUAUAAGGUAAAAACUUUAUAUAAUAUUAUUAUUUAUAUUAAAAGAUUUUCCACAGAAGGAAUAUAUAUUAUAUAUAUAAGAGAAAGGUUAUUCUUGAUUCAAUUUGUGAUUUCAUUCACUCGUCAUACAACAAACAAUAUGGUUGAUGAAAGAAGUGCAGAAGAGAGGAAGAUCGAUGAAUGGCUUCCGGUAACUUCUUCUAGGAAUGCAAAAUGGUGGUAUUCAACAUUCCACAAUGUUACUGCGAUGGUUGGAGCCGGUGUUCUGAGUCUUCCUUAUGCUAUGUCUCAGCUUGGAUGGGGACCUGGUGUAACGGUGUUGGUGUUAUCUUGGAUUAUCACUUUGUACACACUAUGGCAAAUGGUUGAAAUGCACGAAAUGGUACCAGGGAAACGUUUUGAUAGAUAUCAUGAGUUGGGUCAACAUGCUUUUGGGGAAAAGCUUGGAUUAUGGAUUGUUGUGCCCCAACAACUAAUUGUGGAAGUUGGUGUUGACAUUGUUUAUAUGGUUACUGGAGGAAGAUCACUCAUGAAGAUCCAUGAUUUAGUGUGCAAAGUCGAUUGCUAUAACAUGAAACUUUCAUACUUCAUCAUGAUAUUUGCCUCUGUCCAUUUUGUGCUAUCUCAUCUCCCCAACUUAGAUUCCAUAUCUGCUGUCUCUUUGGCUGCCGCUGUCAUGUCCUUGAGUUACUCUACAAUUGGGUGGGCUGCUUCGGUUCACAAGGGCGUGCAGCCGGAUGUGGACUAUAGCUUCACCGCUAAAACCGAUUUGGGAGUAGUGUUCAACUUUUUCAGCGCAUUGGGAGAUGUGGCUUUUGCUUAUGCAGGUCACAAUGUGGUGUUAGAGAUUCAAGCUACCAUUCCUUCAACGCCCGAAAAGCCUUCCAAAGGACCCAUGUGGAAGGGUGUUGUCGUUGCUUACAUGGUUGUAGCUGUCUGCUAUUUCCCUGUUGCUCUGAUUGGCUAUUGGGUCUUUGGGAAUUCUGUCGAAGACAAUAUUCUUAUAUCCUUGGAGAAACCUACAUGGCUCAUUGUCAUGGCGAACUUAUUUGUUGUGAUUCAUGUUAUUGGGAGCUAUCAGAUCUAUGCAAUGCCAGUUUUUGACAUGAUGGAGACUCUGCUUGUCAAGAAACUCAGGUUCAAGCCUACUUUCUACUUGCGAGCUAUUACCAGAACCAUCUAUGUUGCUUUCACAAUGUUCGUUGCUAUCGCCAUUCCUUUCUUUGGUGGGCUUUUGGGAUUCUUUGGAGGAUUUGCUUUUGCCCCAACAACAUAUUUUCUUCCUUGCAUUAUGUGGCUUGCACUCUAUAAACCAAAGAGAUUCAGUCUCUCAUGGAUAGUUAACUGGAUUUGCAUAAUUUUGGGACUUCUGUUGAUGAUUUUGGCACCAAUUGGCGCCUUGAGAUCCAUCAUCUUAAGAGCAAAGGGCUAUAAAUUUUUCCAUUAGGGAACAUGUAGUUUGUUUCUUCGAUUCAAGUUUGUUUGCUCAUAAAUUAUUGAAUUUUCCUAGCUUUUAUGUGUUUUGUCUUGCUACCUUUUUUUUUACUCUUUUAUGUAAUUUAAAAUCUCAAGACCUCUCUGUUAUUAUUAGUGAAUUUGCACACUCUGUUUUUGGGAUACAUGAAUGUUGUUUAUCCAAUUUUAUUAGUGAUACUCAUAUCAAACGAUU